UCUUUCUCAUGCAGGUUGUCAGCUUGUGGGGUGAAGGGUAAACUGCCGUAGCUGGUGGGAAUCGCCCUCCCCUCGUCCCAUGAGGUUAAGAGAUCCAGUAGGAAGAUAAGAUGAAGGUAGACGUAAAGAGAGACAGCUAAGAUAAUUUGCCUUUAAUCCAGUCAAGCAUCAUGGACACUUGUCAAAACCUCCUUUGAACUCUGGUGUGAGGGUGGAGCCUGCGUGUGCAAGACACAGUUGCAAGGAGUGUUGUAAGUGAUGUAACAAGAAGGUGGACGUAGCCGCUGCGUAAGCCUCGGCUGCCACAUCUCCAAAAUGGCCACCAUCACUCGGCCCGGGAGCCUCCGGAAUCCAGAGGUGGCUGACUUGUUUGAAAGAGAGGAUCCUGACCGUGUUUUUGAUGACUUGCGGGAAAUUGGCCAUGGCAGUUUCGGAGCAGUGUACUAUGCACGACAUGUUACAUCCAAGGAAGUGGUGGCUAUCAAGAAAAUGUCCUACAAUGGAAAACAAAGUGCAGAAAAGUGGCAAGACAUCCUGAAGGAGAUAAGGUUCUUGCGUAAUCUCCGUCACCCAAACACAGUAACCUAUAGAGGAUGCUACCUCAAGGAGUCUACAGUAUGGUUGGUAAUGGAAUACUGCUUAGGAUCGGCUUCGGACAUCAUAGAAGUUCACCGUCAACCCCUUAGAGAAGAAGAAAUCAGUGCCAUUUGCGAAGGCUGUCUCUCUGGUCUUGCAUAUCUGCAUUCUUUGGGGAAAAUUCACCGUGAUGUCAAAGCUGGAAAUAUUCUACUUACUGAAAAUGGCACCGUAAAACUGGCUGACUUUGGUAGUGCAAGUAUUGCAUCACCAGCCAAUAGUUUUGUCGGGACACCAUAUUGGAUGGCUCCAGAGGUAAUUCUAGCUAUGGAUGAAGGACAAUAUGAUGGAAAGGUAGAUGUGUGGUCCUUAGGCAUCACAUGCAUAGAACUAGCUGAGCGCAAACCGCCCUAUUUCAACAUGAAUGCCAUGAGUGCCUUGUACCACAUCGCCCAAAAUGUUGCCCCCAAAAUGUCCUCCCCAGAAUGGUCAAAGGAAUUCCAGCAUUUUGUUGAGUCGUGUCUGCAGAAGAACCCACCUGAUCGCCCUACCUCUGCUAGGCUUUUGUCGCAUGAAUUUAUUUUGAGACAUCGGUCGUGCCACAUCAUCCUAGAUCUAAUUGCACGUACAAAAAAAGCAGUGCGUGAAUUUGAUAACCUAAACUAUAGAAAAAUGAAGAAGAUUCUUCUUUAUGAAACGGAAAGUCAGCAAGGUGAUGUUGAAGACUCCACAGAGGAAGAUGCGGCCGGUGGAGACAGCAGCAAGAGUAACAGCAUCACGUCAGAACAGUCGGUCCAGUCAGCCGGGGUCAGUCAGUCAUCCCAGUCCCAGUCAUCCUCAACCAACUCCCUCCAUCACCAUCACUUACUUCAUCAUCCUCAUCUGCCAUAUCAGACACCUCAGCCAAUGUUGCAGCAACAGCAUUCGCCAUAUAUAGCUCCUCCAGAAGUGCCACCACAUCAUCACCAUCCGUCACAUCAUCAUCACCAGCAGUCACACUACUCUCCACAGCCACAGCAUCACGCAUUGUCAUAUCACCAUACUCCAACAACGCCUUCAAUCUCGCCGUCACCAUCUUCUUCAUCUUUACAAGCAGAUUUAGGUCUACCUAACAAUAAUCACCAUCCAUUAACACCACCAUCAACACACACACAACCAUCAGUCAUUGAUGCUGCAACCAUGUCCACUAUCACUAGCACUAAUGUAACAUCCUCCACCACUCCUACCCUCCUUCUCCAGCUUCCGGGGCAGAAUGCCCCCUCCUCCACCACCACCAACAACAACGCCACCAACAACGCGUCUUCUACCGUCAAGUCGCGCCGUGGACGGGUAGGCGGCUCCUCCCCUUUGCCUUCCACCACUUACGUUGCCACCUGCUCGUUAGCUUGGACGGUGCACCUCACUCUCAGAUUAUAUUCAGCAUACCAUGCUUUCAUUGCUACAAUCACCAUUACUGCAUCUUUGAAUGGCCUAAGCCUUUUUAAACCUCUUACAUAUUUAUUUCCCCAGAAACAUGAGAAAGAACAGGAAAAGAAACUUGACAGCUGCACUGUGGCAGAGAAGAAUUUACAGAAGGACAUCAAUGGUAGACAUGGUAUAGAACUUAAACACUUCCAGUCCCAGUACAAGAAGCAGUACAAGGAGAAUAUAGAAAAAUGGAAGAAAGAACUUUCACAAGAUCCAAACACUCCCAAAAAACAGAGAGAAGCACAGCUUCAGAGCCAGAAAGAAUACCUUAAGGCUUCAGAACGUCAGGAAGAGCAGAAGUUGGUGCAACAGCAAGGUGAAUAUUUGCAGCUGGAGACUCGCAAGUUCCGUCGACGUGGUCUCUUGGCUUAUUAUGCCAAGGAACAAACACUUCUCAAGGAGGAACUCACAAAGAGAGAGCAGCAGCUCGAAGCAGCGCAUUCCAUGCUUCUAAGGCAUCAUCAAUUAACACAGGAUUUGGAGUACCGACAACAGAGAGCCAUUCAUGCUUUGAAGGAGGAGCAGAUGAAUAAACAACACCAGACAGAAUUGAGUAGUCAACAUGAGUAUAUGAAGAGAGUGGAGAGAGAGCUGAGAAAAAAGCAUGCUCUACAACAAAAACAACAACCUAAGAGCUUAAAACAAAAAGAGAUAGAAAUACGUCGGCAGUUCAGGGACACUAUCAAUAUACAGCGACAACAGUAUAAGGAGUAUAAAGCACAGAUCUUAUCUAAGACACCUAAAGAUGAACAACGGGCUAUUAUCAAGAGAUUAAAAGAUGAUCAGCGAAGAAAACUAGCCAUGCUUGCUGACCAAUAUGAACAAUCCAUUGCUGAAAUGCUUCAGAGACAGUCUCUUAGGCUGGAUGAGAGUCAGGUAAUAGAGCAGCAGCAGUUAUCAGAGAAGUUGGAUAGAGAAUUAGAAAUGCUCACCGAAUACCAGACACGCAACCGUCAACACGCAGAGGCCCAACGUGACCGUGAAAAGCGGGAGCUGGAUGAGAGAGUUGCUCUAAGAAGAACAUUGUUGCAGCAAAAGAUGAGUGAAGAAAUCGCAAGGUUCCAGCGUGAGAAACAGGAAAGGAUACGUCUUAUGCAAGAAAAACAAGCACGAGAAUUAGAGGAAUUUGAUAAUGAGUCAGUAAGGCUAGGAUUUAGUCCCCUGCAGAUGGUUGAGUCUUCAAGUGAGCGAUGGCCAGAAGAAUUUAAUGUGUCAACAUCCAUGCUUUCCUUAUCCCUCCAACCAAACCAUUGAAUAACUGGUUGAUUCCUAGCUAGCUGUAGGAAAUGUAAACAUUUGACAACCCUGUUCUCUCUAGGCUAUAUUGUUUUCCAUGUAUGAAUAUAAAUUUGAGCUCUUUGUAAUAUGUAAUUAGCCUUAUUUAUGAAAUACUAAUGUCACCUCCAUAUUUAUUUGUUGUAUAUCCAGAUAAUGGUUAGGAUUUCCAAAGUCUGGUCCAUGUAUGGCCGGAAUUUUUCCGUAGAUGCCUGGGCCCCCAAGGUGCUCUCGUGGCCACAAUGCCAGUGUGCUUUAGAUUCCCCUCCCCUGUUAAGAAAGGUUAGAUUGGCAUUUCUAUGAUGAGCAAAAAUGGUUCAGUUUAUAUGAACUUCCAUCUCAUUAGUUGAAAUGGCUGUUGCUUGCAAGAUAUAUAAAAAGAUCAGAUUUCAUUACUUUGUUGAAUAUGUUAGUAUGCAAAGAAAUGUUUAUUGAUUUCAUGAGAACUAGACUGUUAACAGGGCCAGCUCUUUCUGGUUUAGUGUAUAUACUGUAUAUGAGGAGACCAGUAAAUGUGAGCUUUAGAAAGUGUUACAUAUGAGGAAAGCUUUCUUUAAGCAAAAGAAAUCUAUCUUCACAAAACACUGUCUCAAUCUUGUAUUAACUGUAUGUUAUGGAUAUGUAGGUCUUUUCAUGACAGGACUUCUGAUUCUUCUGGUGAGCUUACAGGCCAAAAAUUCCUUUUUAAGUCAUUAAAUGAAACACAGGAUCUAAAAAAGAAUUUCUGUCAUUCAGUCCUGUAAGCAUUAAUCUGCUUAUUACUUUUUCUUUUUACUAUUACAUAUAUUAAUCACAGUCAUGAUAGAACGUGAUGAAACAAGGUCAUUUAUAGUACUCUACUCUCCAUAUGCUGGCCAAACCCCAAUAAUCAUUCUCUUUGGCACUGGAAGGUAAGCAAAGUCUGAUGGUCUCGGUUGAAAUAGAGAAGCCCUCUUUGCUCAAUAUAUCAUGUAACAAGAUCAGUGACUUUGAGCCAACAAUUUUGACCCUUUUUUUUUCUUUUCUUUUUUUUUUCCUUUUUUUUUUAUCAUUUUUAGAUUUGUGAAUUGUUGUACUCCAAAAUUUUCUUGCAUUAAAAUCAAGUAUCUUGGGCUCAUAAAUCGGUGAUCCUGCAUCAUGAAAAUAACCCUCUAGCUUUGUGUUAAUUUGUUGUCAUCACUCUUUUUGUGGCAUGGUCAGCCAUUAUGAGCUUUCGAGGAACUGCAGAAAAAUGCUCAUAUUAUAUGUAUUUUGUAUAGGAACUUGUAAAGUGGGGGAACAUGCAUCUUUUUAAAUGAUCCUCUUCAAGGAGUUCCUCUGUACUAGCUUGGUUCUGAUGACUCAGACAAGCAAAGCAUGUUAAACAGUUUCCAGGAAGUGUUUCCCUAGUCAGAUGAAGGUGUUGUCCUCAUCAGCAAGAAACUGUGCUUAUUUUCCAUAGGAAACUUCAUACUUGAAACUUCUCUUUUUUCAUGAGCUUAUCUUUUCCAGUUAUAAGGGGGCAAAAAUAGUGUCAUUGGCAACUUCAUCUUGUUUCCUUUCCAUAUUGGGCCCUUGUACAAAAUUUGAAAAUGUAUUUUAGGCUCAUAGUUGCUGACAUUUUCACAAAUAGGUUGAAUCACUAGCAGUUCUGAUGAUGCUCGUUCCUCACACCUGUAGCAUGUGGACCAUAGUAAUAUUUGUGUCAGCGGCCAAAAGGAAAAAGAUAUCUGAUAAGAUUUUUUAAGUGUGGCUUAGCACAAAAUUGAUGAAAGCAAGCCACGAGUCAGAAUGAUCUGUAAGAGACUUCAACUUUUGUGUAAGAAUUAAUGCUCUAGCUGUGUUACAUGGAAGUCCUGUUGGUCAAUAUUCGUCCUGUUUGAAUGAAAAAAAGACAGUCACUUCCCCUCCUACUCUCUUUUAUGUAAUCUACAAGUUUGUAUUAAACUUUUGUUCAGUGGUUUCGACUUAAGAUACGGACACCAUGGAGAUUGCUAGAUAUUGUGAGGUUUCCAUCACAAAGGGGAGGUGAUGUCAUUCAAGUAUGCUAAGCCACUUGCUUCCCUGAGAAGGCUCUGCUUACAAUGCUUUCACACCCUUGUGUGAAUACUACAAGGGGCAGUAUAUGUGAUGAACCAGCCUGUGCUGGGAAAAUGAGCAUGGAAGCUUUCAUUUCUUUUCUUUUCUUUUAAGACUCCAUUUCUGAAGUUAGUUAACAGUUGGAACCAAACCUUUUACUUCAUGUGUUGACAUGAAAUGGCACUGAUCACAAAGAUGAAACUUUUCUUGUAGACAUUUGGUAAUUUGCACAUGAAUGUCACAAAGAAAACAAUAUCCUUGACAAUUCGACCCAGUAGCAGCAUUGGUUCACCAGUCGUGAGUCAUGGUUGGCUUCGUGCUGACAUUCUCAGCCAUUAGAUAGGCCUAGGCAAGUUGUUUGUAUGUUGCAUCAUUCCAACCUUUUAAUGUGUGAAUGGUUUGUAUAAUUUUUAUCUUUUUUUUAUUAGUAUUGUUCAUCAUUAUUUUUUUAUUAGCCUUUAACUCUCUAGGUAAUGUACCAUUGUUUUGAUGCUCAAGUUUAUAAAGUCUAAAGAGUAUUCAAAUGCUUCCAGUAACAGGAACAUGCACUAAGCUUUCAGUGACAUUUAGAACAUAGUUGUUGGAAGCAAACUCUCUUUUAUGAUAAGACAAAAAAUGAUCACUUCCUACAGCAGGGCAUGUUGGUUGUUUUGUCCAAAAACCUCCUUUAUGUAAUAAAUGCAGGUUUUUGUUCAUCAACUGUUAUUAAAUCUCAAAGUAGAUUCAGCACUUACAUUAAAUUGCAUGCUUGAAUUUCAAACAAGAGAGAGCAGUAUUAAAUCUCAAACUUGGAUUGUUAGUUAGUCAGUGUGUGUGGAUUAUGCAGGUGAACACAUGUGAGUAUGUUUGAGACGGGUAUCCAGUCCCUACAGAAUCAUAAAUUACCAUGUCUAUUUCCCCCCCUAUUCUAACGUAGAUGAAAGCUGACCAAAAUUUCAAAAAGUGGCAAAACUCCAGUGUAACACUUCUUUUAGACAUGUAUUAUGAUCCCAAAGAGAGCAAACAUGCCGGGACGAUCCAGGGUCAUGGAGUAGGUGUACUAGAGCCUCACAUGCGUGCAGUUUGUCUAGUUCCCAUCUUGCUCGUUCUUACCUUGACAUAAUUGUUUCAAUUAUCUGUCUUGAAUCUUUAUUGCUUGUACAUUGUAAAAUAUUGUACACAGUAUUUUAUUUACUCGUGAUAUUACCUAUAUCUUCAAUCUGCUGCUGUAUUGAUUAUAGUGAUCAAAGUAUUUCUUUUGAGCUGCAUCUCUAACAUUGGUUUUUAGUUGUCUAAUGUUUCAUAUUGCUAUAUGAAUUUGUUUUCUUUGUUUUGGUUUGUGACGUGACAUAUGUGUAUCAAUGUGUUUUAUAUAGUUGCUUAUAUUGUCUUGCCUUUUUCUUUAGUCUCCAUUUUUAUUAUAGAUAUUAGUGAUGAUUUGUGAUAUUGAAUUUCUGCAAUGGCCAAUUUCAGACUGAGUUUCAUUCGUUUUUAAGGUUCACAGAAAAUACAGUUUCACAGAAGUGGAGACUAAGGCUUACUGUUGAUGUUCUCGUCACAAAAAACAAAUUAUUUGUAACUUCUGUUGCCCCAACUCUACAUGACCGACUCACUGCAUUCAUGUGUUCCAUUUUACAUUGUAGUUAUGGAUGUAGCUUCACAAGGACUUGAGUGGAAGUUACCCCACCUCCAUCCUUUUUUCUUUCCCCCACUUGGAUGCCGCAUUCCACAUGUUGUUUCCUAUCCUUUGUAGAAGCUUCAAGUAAAAUAAAUGAAUGUAGUAAUUGUUUCCCAUUAAAAAGAACUUCUUUUCCAUUUUUCCUUUUUUUUUUCUCUUUUUACUUUUUUCCCCCCACUAAAAUGUGUAUAUAAGAAAUACCAUGUAUGUUGUUAUUAACUUAUUACAAUCACUAAGAAUACCAAACAUCCCACAUCAGAUAUAGUGUAUCAUUAAAUCCAUAUUAUACUUAGUUAUUGAACUAUUAAAGUUACAGUAGUAUUUCACUUAAGAUGUUUAUGAAGCUACCUACUCUUUCUGGUCAGUGGAAUAAAAUAUGAGGUAUGCUGAAAAUAGUAAAGUCUGAUAGAAAGUAAUUACUGUCUACACCAACAACCACUUCUCAUAAGCAGGUAAUGACUAUAGGAACAUUCAUAUUUAAAAGCUAUCAGUUUACCUCACACUCAUAGCUGAAUCCUGUCAUGUUCUGCAGUGUUUAAUCUUUAACGUAUUGUUUUAUCGUGUAUUUCUUUGCUAAAUAUUUCAUUAAAAAAAAAAAAGGAAAUGUUUUGAGAUUUUCAUAUUAUCUUCAUUUAGGUCUUCUCUUUUUGUCUUCUUUAUUUACCCUCUUUUUUUUUUUUAUCAUAUUUGCCUGAAUGUAAUUUCUUUCGGUGUAGCUAAAUAUCUUGGUUUGUAACUUAUGAUAACCAUUUCUCACAUGCCCUUACUUGCCAUGAUGUACAUACCCUGUCAACUCCAAUAGCACCUAUCUCCUAUUUGUUUGAAUUGCCUGUAUUUACCAUAUCUUUAAAUCUAUCCAUCAGAAUUAUAUAUAUAAAAUGCUUUAUAUAUACUUUCUUGCAUACCAAAAGAAAACUCCUCUGCUCCCACCUUUCCCCGUUUGAUUUUUUUUUUGUUAUUUUUUUCUUUCUUUCUUUCUUUCUUUUUUUAACCAUGUGAACUCUGCUGUAGUUCUUACCCCCCUUUCCUACCUCUCCUCCCCAUUCUUAUUCAAAGUUCACAUCUUUACCAUGUUGUAGAUUCAUCCUUCAUGUUCCUUAACCUUUUACAAUUUCAUGAUCUAAGGAAAUAAAAAGAAAGUCAUAAGUAUUAGCGGCGUUACAAACAUGUGGGAUGAUCCUGGCAUAUCAAGAUUGCAUUUACAGCCACCAUGAUGGAUAUAUGGCAUUCGACUGUAUACUUCUACAUGGACACUUCAUUUCAGCAUACAAAGGAUUAAGAGGAAAAUCUUGUAAUUGUAAGAAGUGCAAUCCUGUCAC